AUGGGCUGCUCCUUCUCCGGAUUGAACGCCCUAUACGACGCCGUUAAUGGGGCCGGCGACGUCUGGAUCAACGAGAACCGUUUCAGGAUCGUGAGGCUGCUCGGCGAGGGAGGUUUCGCCUACGUCUACCUGGUGAAGGAGCUUCUCGCCGACCCUUCGAACCCUUCCAAUGGCAUCUCCGCCAAAAUCAAGGACUCGACUCACGUCUCCGGUGAUGGAACUUAUGCUAUGAAGAAAGUUCUCAUUCAAAACAGUGAGCAGUUGGAGUUGGUGAGGGAGGAAAUUCGUGUUUCAUCUCUGUUUAGCCAUCCUAAUCUGCUUCCUCUUCUUGAUCAUGCAAUCAUUGCAGUCAAGCCUUCACAAGAUCAAUCCUGGAAGCAUGAAGCAUACUUAGUGUUUCCUGUCCAUUUGGAUGGAACAUUGUUGGACAGCGCCAAAGCUAUGAAGGCUAAGAAGGAGUUCUAUUCCACCUCAGAUGUGCUUCAAAUAUUUCGUCAGCUUUGUGCAGGGCUUAAGCAUAUGCACACAUUUGAUCCUCCAUAUGCACAUAACGAUGUCAAACCUGGGAAUGUCCUUGUGACAUACAGGAAAGGUCAGUCACCUUCAGCUAUAUUGAUGGACUUUGGAAGUGCUCGUCCUGCAAGAAAGCAAAUCCGAUCACGUUCAGAAGCAUUACAGUUGCAGGAAUGGGCUUCUGAGCACUGCUCUGCUCCUUUUAGAGCUCCUGAAUUAUGGGAUUGUCCAAGCCAUGCAGACAUUGACGAGAGAACUGACAUCUGGUCGCUAGGCUGCACUUUGUAUGCAAUCAUGUAUGGUGAGUCUCCUUUUGAGUACGCGCUUGGUGAAUCUGGGGGCAGCUUACAGCUGGCUAUUGUAAAUGCUCAAGUAAAGUGGCCAGCGGGGCCCAACCCUCCUUACCCGGAGGCCCUUCACCAGUUUGUGCAAUGGAUGCUCCAGCCCCAGGCCACCGUGCGGCCCUGCAUUGACGACAUCAUAAUUCACGUGGACAAGCUGAUCUCGAAAUUUUCCAAUUGA